AGUUAAGCGGGCCGACGGGUGACAUCACCUCAUUUACAUAGGAGCGCCCAUAAAGUGGCGCCCGCCGCACCCCGCCCGACAACUCGGUGGUGGCCACUGCACAGACCAGUCUUCGCUCGUACUCGCGCGCCUCGCUCCGCUUUUUCUCCGCAACCAUGUCUGACAAACCCGAUAUGGCUGAGAUCGAGAAAUUCGAUAAGUCGAAACUGAAGAAGACAGAGACGCAAGAGAAAAAUCCACUGCCUUCCAAAGAAACGAUUGAACAGGAGAAGCAAGCAGGCGAAUCGUAAUGAGGCGUGCGCCGCCAAUAUGCACUGUACAUUCCACAAGCAUUGCCUUCUUAUUUUACUUCUUUUAGCUGUUUAACUUUGUAAGAUGCAAAGAGGUUGGAUCAAGUUUAAAUGACUGUGCUGCCCCUUUCACAUCAAAGAACUACUGACAACGAAGGCCGCGCCUGCCUCUCCCAUCUGUCUAUCUGGCUGGCAGGGAAGGAAAGAACUUGCAUGUUGGUGAAGGAAGAAGUGGGGUGGAAGAAGUGGGGUGGGACGACAGUGAAAUCUAGAGUAAAACCAAGCUGGCCCAAGGUGUCCUGCAGGCUGUAAUGCAGUUUAAUCAGAGUGCCAUUUUUUUUUUGUUCAAAUGAUUUUAAUUAUUGGAAUGCACAAUUUUUUUAAUAUGCAAAUAAAAAGUUUAAAAACUUAA